GAAACAGCACCUGAAAUGGGCCUGUGUUCCAAAUUACAUGCACCAUGAAGGAAAUCCAAGAAGCAGCACUUUAACAUUUGGGUAAAAAAAAAAUCUCAUCUUUGGUCCUGGAGGUCUAUAAGGAGCAGGAAAGCACUAUGAUGUGCAUAUCGAAGGACAUGGCGGAUGGAGGUGGAGGAGUGAUUGCGACCGAGAAGUACGGCUCCCGGGAGGCUUGGAGAUACCGGAUAAAAGAUGGAGGGAUGCGGAGAGAGAGAAUGGGACACGAACGAGGAACGAGGGGGAAAUCCAUCACUGAUGUGUUCAAGAACGUGUUCCUGCCCCAGGGUUACCCUGAGAGUGUGAGCGAGGAUUAUCUGCAGUAUCAGAUGUGGGAUACGCUGCAGGCUUUCUCCAGCUCUCUCUCGGGUACGUUCGCCACUCAGGCCUCAUUGAAAGGAGUCGGAGUCGGCAAUCAAGACGCGACGGUCGCUGCAGCAACCAUCACGUGGUUACUCAGAGAUGGAACAGGGAUGUUGGGAAGAAUCCUUGCCUGGUUCAAAGGGAGCAAACUUGAUUCAGAAGCCAAGAAAUGGAGGCUUUUCGCUGAUGUUCUGAACGACGCUGCGAUGUUGAUGGAGAUCACGGCGCCUCAUUUCCCGCCGUUCUUCACGCUGAUCGUUUGCAUCGCCGGAGUGUUUAAGUCGAUUGUGGGCGUGGCCGGAGGAGCGACGAGAGCGGCGUUAACCGUUCAUCAGGCUCGCAGAAACAACAUGGCCGACAUCUCUGCUAAAGACGGCAGUCAGGAAACGCUGGUCAAUCUGGCAGGACUGCUGGUUAGCUUGGUGCUAAUCCCACUCGUCACUGAGAACACUGUGCUGACGUUCGUUCUCUUCUUCUUCUUCACGCUCCACCUGUUUGCCAACUUCAAAGCUGUCAGGUCCGUCGUCAUGGAGACGCUGAACGAAGCUCGUCUGGCCAUCGUCCUCCGUCAGUAUCUGCUCGAUGGACAGAUCCUCGGUCCGGCAGAAGGCAAUCGGAGAGAGCCGGUGUUUCUGGAGUAUAAAACCGACGUUCCUGUCAAACUCGGGGUCAGACUGGGGGACGCCGUUAAAGGGCCUCAGGAGCUCCAGCUGGCUUUGAGGAACAACACCAGGUCCUACAUCAUAGCAAUCCAAAACGGCAGCGUGUGCGUGUGUUUGAGUGCCGACGCAUCGGCGCGUGAUGAGAUCAUGGCAGCGUGUCAGGCCGUUUGUAUCAGCACGGUGUUAAGCUCCUCACCGCAGCAUGGAGCUCUUUCACACCUCACCCGGAUCAGAGACUCGUGGGAACUGGUUUCUGAGAGUCACCAGCUGAUGGAGCGCAUUUUCCAGCCCUUUUUCACAGGUUUGGAAAAAGCUGGGUGGGAGACGGAACGGACGCUGCUGAACUGGGACGAGUGGAGAGUCGAGUGGACCAAGAAAGGCAGAUAACCAGCAGAGACUUUUUCUUUUUAAUUCUGUGAUUUGGAACAUUUUCAGUUGUGAAGCAUCAGUGAUGAUGAUGAUGAAGCCUCUUAUUUCAGGUUUUAUUACAUUUGUGAAUGGACCUUCUUCUGAUGGUUCUUCUGAAAAAUGAGGGGAGUGAACAUGUCGACUUUCAUACUAACUUUCAUUUGAGGGAAAAAACCAAAACAAAAAAUUAACAUGUUCGGCUCCGAAAUCAGAAUUUAAAACUAAAAGGUUUUAAUUUAGUAUCAAAAACAAACAAACAAAAAAAUCAACAUCAAAGUAUAAACAUCUUAAAUAUAAAUAAAUUCCAUCAAUUUGUUCAUUUCA